AGAGGGGGAGGAGGUGAUGGGUCGUCGUCGUUGAUGAGACGCGAGGAUGGAGUAGUUGCGGAGUCACUGGUGGGAAUCGAACCGGGCUGUUUGAGAAGAGCGGCUUGAGGAUGGGAAGACAGGCGGACCCGUGAUAAGCUUCGUUACAAAUUGCGAACAUCAUCACGGGACCCACUUCCUCAUCACGAGUCCAGCCACGGUUGAUUAUUUAUCCGCGCAAGAGGCAAUCGACUCCCCCCACCACCCCACCCUUGCCCACGUGACACACGGAUUGCGUCACAAUAGGGGAGCACGUGCGCGCAAGACUGAAUUAUCACCCCGAGGGAAAUAAUCUGCUUUACCUGUCCUACUCGCUGCGCUAUCUUAACCACCACAACAACAGCAACAUCGUCAACGACAAUUUAGCAACAGAAAAAAAUAACCCCCAACCCUGAUGAGCUCCGGAAUUGAAGACGCACGCGUUCAGAAGCACAAGGACACAAAAACACACAAAUUCGAAAAUAUACAUAGACAAAGCCGUCCUACUUGCAGUGCUAUCACAACAACAAAAAGUCAAAGAUCCCCCAUAUAGCCUCUAAAGGACUAUUGGGGCAAGUGCUGUUCGCAAGCACCUGGCUAUUUUGACCAGUACGGCACACGAGGGGACGACGGGUCGCUAGCAUCACGCCACGCCCGGCCGCCUUUGUUUCCCCGGUGCUAAUGUUUAUGCACAGCUCCACCAGGUACUGAUCUUAAAGGCUGAGUCGACCUAAGGGAGGGCCGAGGAUCGAUUCAAAUAUUCGCCACUCAUUUGUUCGUGAGCGGAGAUCUAACUCGGGCCGCCGGGUUUGUAUCGCAGUACGCUGACGACUGCUCCACCGUUCCCUCCACAACAAAACACCACCAACAACAACAACAGCCGCUUGUGCCAGGCUAGGUGCACUCUGAAGCAGCCAGGUGAAGUGUGGAGGGCUCGCUACAGAUACAUUACCACAACCACCACCAACAACGAGACAUGCUGGAUUUAUAAUCUUUCGGACGUUCGCUCGCCAUUCGCUCGCAUCAGCGUCAGCAUCGAUCGCAGGGUCCUGGCCGAUUCUUCGACUGACCACUGGCGGCGUGGUGGUGGCAUGAACGUGAAGGCCGGAUGUCUGCUGAGAGCACCUACCCGGGAUCGAACUUGGGAGCUUGUAUCUUGCGGACUGUCCAACUUUGUCUCUCCCAGACGCAGGACUGGAGAGGGAGGUGGUAGACGAAGGCUGAUUGUUGCUGCUGCUGGUGGCUGUGGUGGUGGUGGUGGUGGUGAUGGUGGUGAUGGUGGUGAUGGUGGUGGUGGUUGCCAGGUAAAUAUCAAACGAAGCAAAAGCUUAAGGGAGAAAUUAGGGCUGAAUACAUUUUAAAAAACAACAACUCGAAUUCACAACAUAAUUAUCAUAAACUAAAUCAUUAUCAUAAAUUAAUCUCCCCCCCUCUCUCUCUGUUGCUCGAUAUUUGAAAUUGGGAGCGAGGGGGGCAGUCCUUUCGUGCACUACCCUCUACCUGCUAAACAAGAAUAAUAACUUCUGACGAAGGCCCAUAGUUGGCUAGCAUCAGUUUGUUGUCCUUCCCCUGCACCGCCGACUAGCACGGUUGGCUACGUACGGUGCGAAAGAAGUUUAACAUACAUCGACCACUGUGGUUGUGGUUUUAGUGGUGGUGGUGCAGUAUUGCCACCUGUCGAUUAACGGGGGAAGUCAGUAGCAAGCCCAUCAGAUUAUCGUUCUAAAAAUAAAAUCAUCAAGUCAUACACAUUUAUAUAUUUACAGACCCUUUGCCAAUCCACUGCUGGAUGAGGGCCUCACCACUCCUUGUUUGUCUAUCAAGGGGGUUGUUGGCUAUACGUCACCGCGCUGGCCACUGAUGUUAGCUUCAGGUAGCCCAGGUUGAAAGUGGAGGGCGCUAACCACUGCGCCACCGCUCCCUCACCUCGAAUUAAACAGGCAAAUACUGUUACACAGAAAACAAAGAUCCCACGGGUAGCCUUACCAGCUUUUUGUGGCAAUGGCCGUUAGCGAAUAUCACCAAUGAAGACCGGCACGGGACACAAGGGGUGACCAGCACCACGCCCGGCCGUCUUUGUCUCCCUUGUGGCGAUGUUUACACAGCGCAGCAGGUACUCAUUUGAGGCUGAGUCGACCUAGGAGAGGCCGAGCACCGGUUGAGCUAAUCGUGACAGGUGGGCGAGAAUCUAACUCUGGUAGCCGGGUUCGCAGCGCAGCGCGCUAACCACUACACUGCCGCUCCUCACACACGCGUGCAAAGAGACGCACAUAUAGUCGCACACACACAAAUCAGACACCUGCACACACCUACCCUACAGACACAAACGCCAUCACUCCAUCACCACCACGAGACGCGAGGACGAGAAGGAUGAUGACGACGUCGGGCGACGGAACCGCCGUGGCGUGCGUCGAGGUGACUGUGUGGGAAUGCGAACCCGAGACUCCGAGUCGGCGGCCGUGGCAUGGACUGGGACCCUGCCAGGGGAUGGGCGGAGUGGCGGGCCUCACGUUGGCUCAGCACGGCGGCAGCUUCAUCGCGGGUCAGUUCCUCGUGCCCAGCCACGGCUCAGCGGCCGGCGCCGGUGGCGGUGCCGUUCGUCCGCGUGGAUUUGGGAACGGCUCGGCAGGAUCUGGCUCCGGCUCGGGCUCGGGGGACGUUGCAGGCGGGGAGGAGAGCCCCCCCCCACCAGCGGAGGUGGAGGAGGGGGCGGGCGGUGGCCCGGGCACCGCGCCCGUGGCCCCCCGACGGCGAUGCGCGGUGCUGGACCCGCACGACAUCAUCCGAGCGCACGAGGCGCACAAAGCGCGCAGCACCCCCAAGGCGCGCCGCAAGGAGUGGGAGAUGUCCCGGCUAGGUGACGAGGCAUCACCGCUCUCCUCCGACUUGGCCAACCGCGGCGGGGCCGGCAUCCAGCAGCAGCAAACAAUGGUGGGGUCAGGUCCGGCUGCUGGUGGUGGUGGGAUGGGCGGGAUGGGUGGUGGCGCCGGCGGUGGUGGCGCUGGCACCCGAGGAGGAGGUGGCGGAGGUGGUGGAGGAGGAGCAGGAGGGCCGGGUGGGCCUGGGCAGAGGGCCUACAAGCAGACAAUGGCGCAGAGGGCCCGCUCUAUGGCCCUCUACAAUCCGAUGCCGGCGAGGAGAGGGUGCCUCGAUCCCAACCGAUCACUCUUCAUUCUGGGAGAAGACAACCCAUUCAGGAAACUCGCCAAGCGCAUCACCGAGUGGCCGCCGUUCGAAUGGAUGAUCCUGACGACGAUCAUCGCCAACUGCAUAGUGCUGGCGCUGGAGCAGCAUCUUCCCGACGAGGACAAGACGCCACUGUCCAAGAAGCUGGAGGAGACAGAGCCAUACUUCAUCGCCAUCUUCUGCUUCGAGGCGGGCAUCAAGAUCCUGGCGCUGGGCUUCCUGCUGCACAAGGGCUCUUACCUGCGCAACGGAUGGAACGUGAUGGACUUCGUGGUCGUCGUUACCGGGCUGCUCGCUAACAUGGGCAGCUACUACGACCUGCGGACUCUGCGUGCCGUCAGAGUGUUACGGCCGCUCAAGCUCGUGUCUGGCAUCCCAAGUCUGCAGGUGGUACUCAAGUCCAUCAUGAAGGCGAUGAUUCCCUUGCUACAGAUUGAGCUGCUCCUCUUCUUUGCCAUCCUCAUGUUCGCCAUCAUCGGCAUGGAGUUCUACAUGGGCAAGCUGCACAGCACCUGCUAUAACAAACGUCACCAAUCCUGGGAGGACGACCGCCUGUGUGGGGUGCGACCUUGCCCCAAUAACCUCGUGUGCCAGUCGGGCUGGAUCGGCCCCAACUUCGGCAUCACCAAGUUCGACAACAUCCUCUUCGCGAUCCUCACCGUCUUCCAGUGCAUCACCAUGGAGGGGUGGACAGACCUCCUCUACUAUACUAACGACGUGUACGGGAGCAGGUGGAACUGGCUCUACUUCGUUCCCCUCAUCAUCAUCGGCUCCUUCUUCAUGCUCAACCUCGUGCUGGGAGUUCUGUCUGGGGAGUUUGCCAAGGAGCGUGAGCGUGUGGAGAACCGCCGCGCCUUUCUCAAGCUGCGUCGGCAGCAGCAGAUCGAGCGCGAGCUCAACGGGUACAUGGAGUGGAUCUGCAAGGCCGAAGAGGUGAUGCUUGCGGAAGAGGACAGGAACGCGGAGGAGAAGUCUGCCUUCGACGGUAAGGGCGCCCCCCCUACCAGCAAUCGGAGGGCCACGCUACGGAAAAGCCGGAAUGAUUUAAUCCACGCAGAGGAAGGGAUCGGUGAUCUUACAAUGGGCUCCCCGUUCGCCCGCGCCAGCAUCACCGGCAUCAAAUCCGACGGCGCCAGCUUCCAGCGCAAGGAGAAGCGCCUGCGCUUCUGCAUCCGCCGCAUGGUGAAGUCGCAGGCGUUCUACUGGACGGUGCUCUGCCUGGUGGCGCUCAACACGCUCUGCGUCGCCAUGGUCCACUACAAGCAGCCCAAGGAGCUCACCGAAGUGCUUUCUUACAUGGAGUUUGUGUUCCUGGGUCUCUUCCUGCUGGAAAUGAUGCUCAAGAUGUAUGGGCUCGGGAUGCAGAACUACUUCCACUCCUCCUUCAACUGCUUCGACUUUGCGGUGGUGAUCGGCAGCAUCUUCGAAAUCAUCUGGUCCACUCUGCAGCCCAGGUCGGCGUUCGGCCUCAGGGUUCUGCGGGCCCUGAGGCUUCUGAGGAUCUUCAAGGUGACCAAGUACUGGUCAUCUUUGCGGAAUCUGGUUGUGUCUCUGCUCAACUCCAUGAAGUCCAUUGUGUCCCUCCUCUUCCUGCUCUUCCUCUUCAUCGUCGUCUUCGCUCUGCUGGGCAUGCAGCUCUCGGGGGCCAGUGAAUUUAACUUCGACCACAGCACCCCCGACACGAACUUCAACACCUUCCCGGCGGCCAUCAUGACCGUGUUCCAGAUCCUGACGGGCGAGGACUGGAACGUGGUGAUGUACGAUGCCAUCGUGUCGCAGGGCGGCGUCGACGACGGGAUGUUCGCCUCCCUCUACUUCAUCGUCCUCACCCUCUUCGGGAACUACACCCUCCUCAACGUCUUCCUGGCCAUCGCUGUGGACAAUCUCGCCAAUGCCCAGGAGCUGACCAAGGACGAGGAGGAGGAAGAGGAGGCUGCCACGCAUAAACUCGCCAUGCAGAAAGCCCGGGAGGUCGCGGAGGUCAGCCCCAUGUCGGCCGCCAAUCUGUCCAGCAAGGAGCCACGGCUCUCCUCCAAGCCACGCUCCGUGUGGGAGCAGCGCGCCAACGAGCUGCGGCGCCAGCACCUGCGCGCCACCAGCACGGAGGCCCUCAACGCCAGCCCCUUCCGCACCUCGUCGGCCUGCUACCGGCCCCCGCCCGACCCCACGGCCACGCGGCCCCCGCAGGCCGCCGGAGCCGCCGGAGCCGCCGGAGCCGCCGUCGUUGGCGGCGGCUCCGGUGUCGGAGUCGGCGGAAUCGCCGGCGCCGUGCCGACCGGAGGCCUGGCGCUCGGGCACCCGGGCCGCGAUGACGUGUUUACCGGAGAGAGGGAGUUCCUCCUCACCUCCUCGGGCCUGGAGGCCCCGCGGAGACCCAACGGAGUGCCGCGGGAUGGGGAGCUCAACGGGCAGAGGGGCGCCGCCGAUGGCGUGCGCAGGGACGGCCACAUGGGCAUCAACGCCACCGUCGGCGUGCCCUCCCUCGACGCCAAGGGCCCAGGGUCAGAGGGCAACGGCAAGGGUGGGGGCAAGGCCGAGCCGAGCCAGCUGGUGAAGAUCCCGGUCACUCUCACCGGGCCCGCCGGAGACUCCACGCAGCUGCAAGGCGCGGGGAAGGAGGAUAAAGAGGCGGAGGCGGAGGAGGGGGAGGGGGCGGAGGGCGACCCCACGGGCCCCAAGCCCAUGGUGCCCUUCAGUUCCAUGUUCGUCUUCAGCACCACCAACCCUGUGCGCCGUGCGUGCCACUACGUGGUGAACAUGCGCUACUUCGAGAUGUGCAUCCUCCUGGUCAUCGCCAUGAGCAGCAUCGCGCUCGCCGCAGAGGACCCCGUCGAUGCCGGCUCCAUCCGCAACAAGGUGCUGCGGUACUUCGAUUACGUCUUCACUGGGGUCUUCACCUUCGAAAUGGUCUUUAAGAUGAUCGACCUGGGCCUGGUGCUCCACCGUGGGGCCUACUUCCGCGACCCCUGGAACAUCCUGGACUUCAUCGUCGUGAGCGGCGCCCUCCUCGCGUUUGCCUUCUCAGGCGGUUCCGGGCCCCAAGAACCGCAAGGGAGGCAGGGAGGCAAGGAUCUGAACACCAUCAAGUCCCUGCGCGUGUUGCGCGUGCUGAGGCCCCUGAAAACUAUCAAGAGACUCCCCAAACUCAAGGCCGUGUUCGACUGCGUAGUGAACUCGCUGAAGAACGUCCUCAACAUCCUCAUCGUCUACAUCCUCUUCAUGUUCAUCUUCGCCGUCAUCGCUGUGCAGCUCUUCAAGGGGCGCUUCUUCUUCUGCAGCGACAACUCCAAGGAUCUCGAGAAGGACUGCAGGGGCUACUUCCUGGAGUACAAAAAGAACACGGUGGCCGAGGCGAAGAAGCGCGAGUGGCAGAAGUUCGACUUCCACUACGACAACGUCCUGUGGGCCUUCCUCACGCUCUUCACCGUGUCCACUGGGGAGGGAUGGCCUCAGGUGCUCAUGCGCUCGGUGCAGGCGACUUACGAGGACCAGGGGCCCAGCCCCGGCUACCGCAUGGAGAUGGCCAUCUUCUACGUCGUCUACUUCAUCGUCUUCCCCUUCUUCUUCGUCAACAUCUUCGUGGCGCUCAUCAUCAUCACCUUCCAGGAGCAAGGCGACAAGGUCAUGUCCGAGUACAGCCUCGAGAAGAACGAGCGCGCCUGCAUCGACUUCUCCAUCAGCGCCAAGCCGCUGACCAAGCACAUGCCCCAGAACCGCAACACCUUCCAGUACAAGAUGUGGAAGUUCGUCGUCUCCUCCUCCUUUGAGUACUUCAUCAUGACCAUGAUCGCCCUCAACACCGUCGUGCUCAUGAUGAAGUUUCACAACGCCCCUGUGGAAUAUGAGCAAGUGCUGAAAUACCUGAACAUCGUCUUCACCGUGCUCUUCUUCAUGGAGUGCCAGCUCAAGAUCAUCGCCUUCGGGACCCUGAACUACUUCAAAGACUCGUGGAACAUAUUCGACUUUGUCACGGUGAUCGGCAGCGUGACGGAUAUUGUGGUGACGGAGCUCAUCAAGAAGAAGAAUCUGAACCUCAGUUUCCUGCGGCUCUUCCGAGCGGCACGGCUCAUUAAGCUGCUGCGCCAGGGCUACACCAUCCGCAUCCUGCUGUGGACCUUCGUGCAGUCCUUCAAGGCCCUGCCCUACGUGUGCCUCCUCAUCGCGAUGCUCUUCUUCAUCUACGCCAUCAUCGGCAUGCAGGUGUUUGGUAACAUCAAGCUGAAUGACGACACGGCCAUCAAGGAGCACAACAACUUCCAGAACUUCUUCCAGGCACUCAUGUUGCUCUUCAGGAGCGCGACGGGCGAGGCGUGGCACGAGAUCAUGCUGGCGUGCCUGAGUGGGCGCGAGUGCGCCAAGGGCACGGACAUCUUCGAGAAGGACUGUGGCAGCGACUUUGCCUACUUCUACUUCGUCUCUUUCAUCUUCCUCUGCUCCUUCCUGAUGCUGAACCUCUUCGUGGCGGUCAUCAUGGACAACUUUGAGUACCUGACACGAGACUCCUCCAUCCUGGGCCCGCACCACCUGGACGAGUUUGUGAGGAUUUGGGGGGAGUACGACCCCGCGGCUACCGGGCGCAUCCAGUUCUGGGACCUCUACGACAUGCUGAGGGUGAUCGCGCCUCCGCUGGGGCUGGGCAAGCGGUGUCCACAGCGCGUGGCCUACAAGCGCCUGGUGCGGAUGGACAUGCCGAUCGCGGAGGAUCGCACCGUGCACUUCACCACGACACUCAUGGCGCUCAUCCGCACCGCCCUGGACAUCAAGAUAGCCAAGGGUGGUGCGGACAAGUUUGAGUGUGACAGCGAGCUGCGCCGGGAGAUGAUGGCCAUCUGGCCCAACAUCUCCCACAAGACGCUGGACCUGCUGGUGCCCCCACACAGAGCUACGGACAUGACGGUUGGCAAGGUGUACGCUGCCAUGCUCAUCUACAACUACUACAGGCAGAACAAGAACCGGCGCUCGCAGCUGGCGCAGGGAGACGGGCAGCAGAGCCGCAAGCCGUCGCUCUUCCAGAGGAUGUUGGGGUCGCCCCGCCUGGACGCCCGGCCGGACAUGCAGGCGGGCCAGCAUCCACUGCUCGACGGAGAGACGCAGCCGGGUGAGCUCACCACGUCGGUGUCGUGGGUGACCCAGCGAGCCCAGGAGAUGGUUCAGAGGACGCGGCAGAGCCGGCGCAUCGAGCCCCCCUUCACCGGAUACGGCGCCGUGCAGACGUACGAGCUGAGCGCCCUCUCCUGCGCCGGCGACCCCCGCGCUUCGCUGGAGGCCCAGGCCCGCGCCACCUCCCUCCCCCGUCUCACCGUCGACGCUCAGGCACGUUACCUCGCCCUCUCUAACCCUACCCCCGCCGCCCGCCCCCCGCGGCCGUGCGCGGAAACUCCACAUUCCUUUGCCGGGGGAGGGGGGGGGUCACACAGUUCAUCCUUCGUUUGGUGUGACGGCCGCUGUCGGUUGGUUCCCGGUGUCACGGGGCCGCGACGUUGUGCCGGUGCUUCUCACUUCUAUUUACCUCUGUGGAGGGCGGCACUUGCCGAUAAAGGUCUGGGCAAACAUUCGCCAGCAUUGGUUGAUGUCAUGCCUGCAUCUGCUGAUGAGACGCUGAACGUCGAAACGGGUGCAGAGUUUUGCUUGCUUUGUAACCACUGCUGCUGAAAUCACGCUCUCCCAGAAGGCCGUGCAGCCAAUGGAAUUUGUAAAAAUGAAUUGAACUUUCACUCAAUCUUCUGUACGUGCAACAUACACACUCAUCAUCCUCUCUGUCCCUUUUUCUCUGAGUCAUGCCCCCUAAAUCUGAGUCGUUCCCCCGCUCUCUCUCUGAGUCGUCUCCUCUCUCUCUUAUCCAAUCUGUGUAUAUUUGAACUUCUUUCGCACCGUGCUUGUUGAACCGUGGUAAUCGGAGGUGCAACGAGUCGCAUUGUCCGGUCUCCGUCCACACACACGCACCGCGGUCUUUGGCAAUUACGCUCAGCCCUGCGUCUUCGUCCGGCCACCCGUUACCACCCACACCGCCACCCACCCCGCCGCGUGUGACUCUUCUUGCGUUUGAGGCAUUCGUAGACGCGAGCAAACAUGUAAACUUGGGGAACGGGGGGGAGACGCUGGGAGCUCAGCAGCCCGCCGGCACGGUGGAGAUGUUACUUGGGGGAAGAGAGCGAGAGACAGUGAGAGACAGUGAGAGACCGAGAGAGCGAUAGAGAAAGA